AUUAAAACUUUCUCAAAAAAUUCCAACAUUACAAAAAUCAUAAAAUCUAAUUUUAAUUAAUAUUUAUUGCAUUAAUCGUAAUGGGAUCUAAGAAGAAUAUGAUAACAGAUUGCCUUCUAGCCAAAGUCAAUUUUCCUUUGUAUGCAGCCGAAAUGCUAACGAGCAGGCAUUUAAUGGUUGCUGGUGGGGGAGGUUCCGCAAAAACGGGUGUUGCAAAUGGAUUUGAGAUCUAUGAAUUGUAUCAUAAUGGGAAAUAUUUUGUCGCAGAAGAAAUUCAAAGACACGAGACUGGAUCUCGAGCAGUAAUGAAUAUGUCAAUAAAAAUAAUGGAUAAGAAGACAGUGCUGGUUGCUGGACAGGAAAAUCACAGUCAAAUGUUUAUAGUAACAUCGAAAGUAGGACAAAUUCCACCGAAAGAAACUGCCACAACGACAACAACAACAAACCGAAGAGAAUCAACAGCUGAAGUUAGACAAAGAAGACGUACAGAAUCAACGACAAGUCAUGAUACACCGAAGAAACCAUCGGCUACGAUUGAUUCUAGUGAGAAACAAAUGAAACGAGUAUAUUUUGAAAUCAAGCCUGGAGAUUCAAUUCAAACAGAUUUCUUUGAACGCGAACCGUUGCAAAGAGUCGUGAGGAUAAGUAUGAAUGGAAAGUUUAUGGUCACAGGUGGAUUGGAUGGGCACGUUCGUAUUUGGAAUUUUCCUCGAAUGACACCAUUGCAUGACAUACAGGCUCAUCAAAAAGAAUUGGAUGAUGUCGACUUUAGUCCUGAUAGUAAGCAUGUAAUUUCAAUUGCUAAAGAUGGAGUUGCUGCUGUUUGGUCAGUUAAUAAUGGACGUGAAGUAAUGAAACUUCAAUGGACACCACCAGAGAAUGUCAAAUAUUUAUACAAAAGGUGUCGUUAUGCGACAAUUGAGGGCAAUUCAGACAAAUUUAGGCUUUUUACAAUCUCUAAUCCACUACAAAAAGCUGGAAAGCAAAGAGGAUUCUUACAACAAUGGAACAUAGAAACUGGUCGAUUGAAUAAUAUUGUUCCUAUUGAUGAAAGUCUUUCAGCAUUAUCAGUUCGUGACGAUGGAAGAUUUUUAGCUGUUGGAACUAUGUUUACAGGCUCUGUCAUGAUUUACAUUGCAUUUAGUUUACAACAAGUUCUACAUGUUCCUAAUGCUCAUUCUAUGUUUGUAACUGGUCUCGAGUUUAUUCCUGUCCUGAACAAAGACGCACCGCCUAUUUCUAGUGACACAGAGGCAUCUGUUGUAUCGUAUUCUGUUGAUAAUCGGAUUUGCAUUCAUAGCUUACAAUACAGACAUACUUUGCCUGCGUGGGCUGCAAUAAUUCUCAUAGUUGUCAUUCUAUUUCUUACAUUUUUAUUGUGUUCCUAUUUCCAAAUUUAAAUUGUUUUGUGACUGAUGCAGAAAAAAGGUUUUAAAUAAAUUUUACUAUUACUUAUUUAUUUGGUACCUUUAUUCAUUAUUAAUUUAGCAUCUCCUUCAAAAACUACAAUGUCAUUUUGGACACAUUGAUAUCUUGCUUUAAUAAUCUUUCUUACUUCAACAAGUUCAACAGUAAAUUCUAUUGGGAUAUCAACAUAGCAUUUCGAUGGAAAUGAGAAAUUUUGAGAGAUGACAAUCGUUCCAUCACCGGGUAAUUUUGUUCCCAUUAUUCCAGCUACGAUACUGUUAAGAAAAGCUCCAUUCACAAAUGAUUUUUGAUUGCCUUUAUGAAUCUUGUUAGAAUCACAUGUCAAAGUAGAAAAUGCGUCUAUAUGAUGCUGAUUAAUCACUCUUAUUUCCUUAAUACUAUCUCCACAUUUAAAAGACGUCCAAAGAGCACGGAAUAAUCUCAUUUGUGAUUAUUAUUUAUAUGCGAGAUUCAUGAAAUUAUUAAUCAGGUGAUUACAAAUGUAUUAAUGAGAAUCUUAUAUCUUUUGUAACUUUGCUAGCAUUAUCUUAUUAGAUUAUCAUGCUCAACUAAUGUUUCUUGAAUUGUCAAUGAACUGGAAGUUAGAUAUUAAUGAAUUAAAUUAAAUCAACAAUCAAUUUAAAAACAACUAAGUUGUGUACCCACGAG